CCAAGGGCGUGCUCGAGCGCCUUUCCCCGGCGGAAAAACUACAACUCCCAGCGCUCCGCGGCGCGGCCCCGCGGCGGCCGAGGAAACGAAAGCGGCCGCCCCGGGAGCCGUCUUCACCUUGGGGCUGCAGCAUGAACGGCAGCGUGGCGGGCGGCGGCGGCCUUACCGAGGAGGUGAUCAGGCUCACCCGGAGACCCUCGGGGCUUGGCUUCAACAUUGUUGGUGGGACAGAUCAGCAGUACGUUUCCAAUGACAGCAGCAUCUAUGUCAGCCGGAUCAAAAAGGAUGGGGCAGCUUACCUUGAUGGCCGAUUACAAGAAGGAGAUAAAAUUUUAGCGAUCAAUGGCAGAGACUUGAAGGAUUUGCGGCAUAUGGAUGCUGUGGAACUGUUCAGAAAUGCAGGCUAUGAUGUGUCUCUGAAAAUUCAGCGCAGGUUGCAGCCACAGAAUGGCCCCGUGGGUCAUCGAGGUGAUGGAGACUCAGGUGGGCUUCCUCUAGCAGCCGUUCUGGUGCCAGGCCUGGUGCUCGCUGCGGCAGCAGUCUGGAUCUUGCUGAGGUAUCGACAGCGGAUGUGAAGAGUUCACGCUUUGGAUAUCACUGCAUAUUUUACACAGCUAUGAUGUAAUUUAAAGAUAGAGAAUUAACGAUCUUAUCACAGACUGAUGCCAAAAAGGAUCAUUGUCUAUCAUAAAGCUGCUGCUGGUGUUCUUUAUAUACUGAUUUUGUUGCAGGGUGGAUGGAAGCAGAGACGAACAGGGAAAGGGAGAUGGCUGUGUUCACGUAUAGAGUGGGAUGGCUGGUGUUUUGGUUUUUUUUUAAACUAGUAUGAGAAGUUUUUAGCCAUCCCCCUCUUUUUUGCACCAUGAACUUUCAAACAUGCUCAUCUAUUCCAUGUUUUAAGAUGUGACUCUUUAUAAAGAGGUUAGGGGGGUGGGUUGGGUGGUUUUAAAUCACAAACUUUUACUAAAGGCUUUGCCUUGUUCCCACUGAAUUUUUCUUGAAAGUAAUGAUCCCUACCUAAACCACGAAUAAAGAGAAGCAAUGAAGAGGGUA